UUGGCACAUUUUUAAUUACAUGGCACCUCUUAACUACAUAAACCGCUGAUUAAAAUUACAAUUAGCGUUGGCACACUUAAUGUAAAUAAACCAGAAUAUUUUAAUUUUAUAUGAACUUACCGCGCUAACGUUGCUAACGCCGUAACCUAGCUAACGUUUGUCCUUGUUGCCAUGAUGUCCGACUCAUCUUCGGUCGCCGAACUUCGGCAAAACAAAGACGACGACGUGUUGGAGCUGAAUAAAGAUUUGGAGAGGAUGAUAGAAGACGCUGAAAACAUGUCAGUGCAGCUGACUUGGAUGGCUUAUGACAUGGUGGCACUCCGGACCAAUCCUGAGCUGGGCGCCUCUAUGCUGAAACUGGAAGAAGCUUAUCAACGAUGCAGAGCUGCUGUCUGUGCUGACCGAGACCAGGAGCCAGAGCCGGGCAGAUGUCCUGACUGACACAGCACCGACUCAGCUAUGAGUUUCCAGUUCACUAAUACUCCACUUUAGGGUUGUUUUAAAUACUUUUGAAUUGUUUGUAAAGCUCUUAUUUUGGUAUUAUUUUGUUAUAGAGAAGUGGCACAGCAUUUGGACUGAUGUUGCUUCUGUGUGUUUGCAUUAAAACAGGAUGUUUCUGUCAGUAAUGAACAGACCGCAGCUCUUUAAUUGUUACUAUGUCCUGCAAAUUGUGUUUUGUUGGCACUAAAGUGCUCUUUAUCUGUUUAGUCUGUUAAAUAAUAAAAUAAUA